AUGGAAAAAGAAAAACCUGAAGAAUCGGACAACAAACCCGCACCAGCUGAUGUGAGCGAUACGGUAAAGGAACCGCCAGCACUGGAACCAGUUAAAAGUGAGGAAAAAGUUCCCGAUCCGAUCCCGAAUGCAGUUCCUUCCGGUAGUGGAACAAAGGCACCGGCAGCGAAACAGUCGACACCGAAAACCACGAAGAAAAAGCGACCAAAACCACCGAAGGAUGCAAAUGCUCCGAAACAUCCGCUUACUGGGUAUGUUCGCUACAUGAACGAGAAUCGAGAAGGUGUGCGGCAAAAAAAUCCAACUCUAACGCCCAUUGAGAUAACGAAAAUUAUGGCAGAAGAGUGGUCCAAGUUACCGGAAGAUCGAAAGAAACCGUACCUGGAAGCGGCCGAAGUGGAUAAGGAACGGUACAACAAGGAAAUAUCGGAAUACAAACUGAACAAUGAGGCGAAAGCAAAAGCAUUGCAGAUCGAGGCACAAGUGGCGAAGAAGGAAGUAGCGGAACCAAAGGUAACCAUACCGGCCAUUCCGUAUGUCAAUGGGAAAGUGGAGCCUAAAGUGUCACGCCAAGGGGAUUAUGAUAUACCCAUCUUUACGGAAGAUUUUCUUGACCACAACAAAGUCGUCGAUUCGGAGUUGCGUACGUUACGCAAAUCCAACAUAGAUUAUGAGCAGCAGAAUUCCGUGCUGGAAAAGCACGUUGAAAACAUGGAAAAUGGUAUUCUAAAGCUGGACAGUGAAACGAGCAGUCUGGAUGCGCGGAAUGCUGUGCUAGAGAGCUAUCUGCUAAAGUUGCGAACCACACUGGCUAAUGCACUGCAGGGAUUACCCAUCUCCAGCGAUUGUCCCGGAGCUACAGUAGACAAUAUCGAUCAGUAUUUGGAGAAUUUGCAUCAGAUGGCAGACUCAAGCACGCAGGGACACACAUUGAACAAAGCGAAAGACAUUAUUCGUAAGCUAGAUCUACAGAACCUUACGCUUUAA